AUGGCUGAUAAAUAUAAAAAUGUUCGUGUACCUGGUCCAAAUGAUAAUAUUUAUAAAGAUGAAUGUCUUUAUUCAUUUGAUAAUCCAGAAUCUGAAAACGGUCUUUAUAUUUGUAUGUCAACAUUUCGUGGAGUUGGAAAAGAUCAGCUUGAACGACAUUGUAAAAAUAAUCCAGGAAAAAAUGUUUUUUUACAUAUUGUACGAAGACGAAAACCAAUACCAGUCGAUGUUAAUAUUGAACCAACUAAAGUAACAAAAUUAGCAAUUGGUAUUGAAGGUGGUUUUGAUGUAAAUCAAUCAAAUCGAUAUACAUUUGAAGAACAAUAUUCAAUUUAUAUUCAUCCAAAUGUAAGUGUUCAUUAUCCAGAUGAAUCUAAUCAAUUACCUGAACAUGUUAAAAAAUCAGCUGAUGCUAUUAUAGCUGCUGAUUCUGCAUUUUUAAAAGAAGAACGUUCACUUUUGAAUACAACAUGGAAUGGAGAAAUUCGUCCUAUAACAAAACAUACACAAAGAUUACCACAAUUAAAUAAUGGUAGAAAAAUUCCACCAAUUGGUUGGAAAUGUGAACAAUGUGAUUUAACAGAAAAUCUAUGGCUUAAUUUAACUGAUGGAGCUAUUUUAUGUGGAAGAAAAUUUUUUGAUGGUAGUGGUGGAAAUAAUCAUGCUGCUGAACAUUAUUAUAAAAAAAAAUACCCAUUAGCUGUUAAACUUGGAACAAUUACACCUAAAGGUGCUGAUGUUUAUUCUUAUGAUGAAGAUGAUAUGGUUGAAGAUCCAAAUCUUGCUAUUCAUUUAUCACAUUGGGGAAUAAAUAUGCUUAAAAUGGAAAAAAGUGAUAGAUCAAUGGCUGAUUUAGAAAUUGAAUUAAAUCAAAAAUAUGGUGAAGCAUCUAUGAUUGAAGAAGCUAAUUCAAAAUUACAACCUGUUUAUGGACCAGGUUAUACGGGAAUGAGAAAUUUAGGAAAUUCAUGUUAUAUGAAUUCAGUAAUGCAAGUUUUAUUUACAUUAAAAGAUUUUCAAGAAAAAUAUUAUCAACAUUGUGAUUUUUAUUUUGAUAAAGCUAAAGAUCCAGCAAAUGAUUUUAAUGCACAAACAGCUAAAUUAGCUUUUGGUCUAUUAUCGGGUCGUUAUUCAAAGGAACAUUCAACUAAUAGUGACAUAUCAUUACAAACACCAUCAGGUAUUCGUCCACAAAUGUUUCGUUUAUUAAUUGGUCGUAAUCAUGCAGAUUUUGGUACAAAACAACAACAAGAUGCUGCUGAAUUUCUUCAAUAUUAUAUUGAACAAGUACAUAAUCAUUGUACGAAAGAUCCAACACCAAAUCCAUUACUUGAUCCAAGUACUUGUUUUCAAUUUGAACUUGAAGAACGUAUUUAUUAUCCUGAAACAAAUCAAGUACGAUAUUUAACACGUCAUGAUUCAAUGUUUAGAUUAAAUAUACCAUUAUCAGCAGCAAGAAAUAUGCAUGAAGUAUUACAAUAUAAUAAAACAAAAGAAGAUAUGGAAAAAGAAGGCAAAAAAAUAAAUGACUUACCAAUUGUACGUCCCAUUGUUCCACUUAAAGAAGCUAUAUCACAAUGGGCUGAACCAGAAGAAAUUAAUGAUUAUAAAUUACCACAAUAUGGACGUACGACAACAAUAAGAAAAACUCAAAAAUUUUUAACUUUUCCUGAUUAUCUUUUUAUUCAAUUAAAAAAAUAUACAUUUAAUUCUGAUUGGACACCAAGAAAAAUUGAUGUUUCAAUGGAAGUACCUGAUGAACUUAAUCUUAGUUCAUUACGUGCAACUGGUUUUCAACAUGGUGAAAUAUUAAUGGUUGAUGAUGAUGAACCAACAGGACAACCAACUGUUUCUGUUAAUGAAGUUCUUUUACAACAACUUGUUGAUAUGGGUUUUUCAAAGGAAGGUUGUAAACGAGCAUUAAUCAAUACGGGUAAUAAUGAUAUUGAAGCAGCUAUGAAUUGGGUAUUUGAACAUCAAUCAGAUCCUGAUUUUGAUACACCAUAUCAAGCACCAAGUAAAAAAGCUCGUGUAGAACAAAUUCAAACACCACCUGUGGAUGAAGAAAGUAUCGGCAUUGUCAUGUCAAUGGGUUUUUCACGUAGUCAUGCUCUUCGUGCAUUAUCAUUAACAAAUAAUAACGUUGAAGCAGCUGUUGAUUGGGCUCUUAAUACACCUGAAGAUAGUUCUGUUUUAAAUACAUUAGUUCAAUCAUUACCUCAAUCAUCAACUGCUCAACAAACAAAACAAAAUUAUCGUGAUGGUAUUGGUAAAUAUCGUCUUGUGGCUUUUAUUUCACAUAUUGGUAAUCAUCCAUCAUCAGGUCAUUAUGUAGCACAUAUCCUUAAAGAUAAUCGUUGGGUUAUAUUUAAUGAUGAAAUUGUUGCAUUUUCUGAACAUCCACCAAAAGAUUUAGCUUAUCUUUAUUUAUACAAACGUGCAACUAUUUGA